UCAUUGUUUACCUUCAAAAGUUAACUUCCAGACAAAAAUGAUUAAUUAAAUAAAGGGUGCACUUUUUUUAAAUUUUGUGUGGUGUCUCCCCUCCCUCAUUCUGCAAGUGUAGUUCAAAAUGUCUGACUCUUCUUCGGAGCCCAAGAUUUCGUUCAAGCAUCGCAAGAAACCAAUUCGGAUGAGGAAACGUUCCUCAGGAAGCAGCAGCGAAGAAGAGGGUGCUCCAGUUCUAUCAAAAUUGGAAGAAGCAAAACUUCUCCAAACAUUAAGAAAAAGACCAAAUGGAGUGAGCGUUGUCAGUUUGGCCAUUGGCCAGAAGGUGCCUGAAAUUGAAGCGUCAGUUACGGACCCUUUUAAAGUGAAGACAGGAGGACUCAUCAAUAUGAACGCCUUGAAAUCUGGUGCUGUGGAGCAAGUCGACGAUGCGUAUGACACAGGAAUCGGAACUCAGUUUUCUGCAGAGACAAAUAAAAGAGACGAGGAUGAAGAAAUGAUGAAAUACAUUGAGGAGCAACUAUCCAAAAGGAAAGGUAGUAAAAAGGAGGAUGAAAAACCAAUCGUGUCGGGUGAUUCAAAGUACUGCUCUCCAGAAGAAGCAGCUUUACAGGCUGUUCCAGAUCAUUUGCGUUCAUCCACCACUCAUCGAUCAGAGGAGAUGUUGUCCAAUCAAAUGUUGAGUGGUAUUCCAGAGAUAGAUUUGGGAAUAGAAGUCAAAAUAAAAAAUAUAGAAGCAACAGAGGAAGCCAAAUUAAAAUUACUGGCAGAAAGGCGCAACAAAAAAGAUGGCCCUUCUCAGUUUGUACCAACCAACAUGGCAGUCAAUUUUGUUCAACAUAAUCGAUUCAACAUCGAAGAAAGCGGUCCACCAAAGAAGCGGGAGAAAGUGGCUGUCGAAGAAGUCAAACCAGCUGCCACGGCAGGAAAUCCAAAAGACAAAGACAAAAAAUCUGAUUCUGGUCGAGAAAAAGCCACCGACGACUACCAUUAUGAAAAGUUCAAAAAACAAUUCAGGCGAUAUUGAUAUCUUCCAUCACAUAUUUGUCAAGAGAAUGCAUGGGAUCUCUCACUAGAAAGGUCUGACUUUUGCUCUGGUCUUCUUUCUUUUUGAGAUUGUGCAGUCUCUCUUUGAUAAUUAGAUAAAAUGAGAGCAAGUCAGAUAAAUUUGGAAUUUUAUUUGCUGUUCAAAAAUUCAAGCUGAUUUGUUUAAGAGCAAAUGAAGCAGUUUUAGAAUUUUAUUUGGUCCAAUAAGUUGUGUAUGAUUGUGUGUAACACUACUAGAGACAGCUAAUUGAUCUAGACACAUUUUUAACAAUUUUAAUUUACUUUGUAAAUAUGUAAUUUGCACAUAGUUUUCAAGUUGUAAAUAAAUGUUGAUCAUUUUUUUUUUCCAA